AUGGCCAACAUUUCUACUAAGCCACGUUAUUUGCAGACGAUAUCCCCAUUCCGCAACUUGCCAGAGAUUCCUGAAUCUGAUCACCAUUCCCGUACCAGUCGCCACAUCUUAACUACUACCAUCUAUACCAAACGAGCUCAGCUAUUCACCCGCGGUAUCUUGAUGGCCCCCGAGCAUCACUUGUCCUCGUCAACCCCAGCUCACGCCCUCAAUGGAUGGCCCCGCAUAACUCAGUCCAGCCCAGUCCGAGACCCUGGGCCUGGAAUGGACUACGAGCGCUGUGCAGCUCUCCAUAAUGAGCUUCUGACAAGAGCCGUCAAAGGCUGUGGCGGCGAGAUGCCCCCGGAGCCUCUAACCUGGUGGGAGGCCAGGGCGCCUUCUGAGGAAGUUGCCAACAGCCUCCACCCGUCCUUGAUGGAGUUCCUGAAGCGUGCUUGGGAUGAGGACGUGCUGCCUCCUCACUAUAGGCUUUUUGCCUUUCUUGGGGCACUGAAGUUUCCGCAUCACAUGCGGGAUCAUAUGGAUGCGUACGAGGAUGAGGAUGAAGAGGGAAGGUUUAUCAAACUGUAUGAGUCUAGUCACUACCGAGUCGCAGAUGAUGAGGGGAUUUUCUUCGACCAGAUGACUCUGAAAGCAACCUUUAUUGAAGAUAUCAAUGAUACCAGGCUCAUCACCAGGCACCAAUGGAGCUGGAUGCCUCUAGAAGUCAUUCUAGAUUCAUAUCUUCAGAUGAUCGACGAAGGAAAGGCGCAGGCUGUUUCCGAAGAUCAGGCAAAGCUACUCAAGAUGGACUUUCUGUAUUGCAUAAUGGAACCCUGGAUAAUUCACCAAUACACGAAAACAGACCUAGAAAGGGCAACCACUGCCUUCAAGCGUCUCGUAGCAGCGAUCGAGGUUCGAAUCCCGCCAACAGACGAUCCCACUACUCCCAUGACCCUGCCAUGGCACGAUCCAGCAACAUUCGAAAACCAGGACCUUCUCCCUCCCCUGUCGUUUGCCCACGAGUUCCUAAAAUCCAUUUCCAACUGCACCGUCCGAUUCCGUUACAUCGCGCCAGGGAUCCGAUUCCCUACUGUCCUGGAAUUCCAGGACCAACCCAUCACGGACUUUGCUACGUCGCCACAUAACCACCUCGGCCAGUACCCCGGAAACUGCCCUCUGCGCAUCUUCCAGGUCGACGAUGCAGAGCAUCGCCAGCCUGUAACAUACGGUAAGCAUCUCGGCCUCCGCGAUAUCGCUGCCGGAUUCUACAUCCAUCCCGUUGUACAGCAAUGGCCACAGUUCUGGAGCAAUGUAUGUCGACUUCUAUUGCCCUUUGCCAUUGGAGGUUCCGGAUGGGCUCUAAUGUCGAAUGGACAACCAUUCGGGAUAACCGACUCCGACUAUGUGGACGAAUACCCAGAGCCUCGUGAUACUCAUGGGGAGUUGUAUCAGGUUGGGACUACAAAUGGGAUUACGAACUGUAGUCGGGUGCAGAUAGACAAGGUGCUGAAUAACUGGGCUGAUCGGGUUGAGAUGGGCGAUUGGGAGGCGGAUGGAGAUGGGGUUGCUGGGGGUAUUGGCAGGUUUCGAGAGGCGGAUACAGAGGAUCAUUGGCAUAGAUAUUGGAUUCCACCAUCGUGGUGA